GUUCUCGCGAGAAUCCGCGAAGUUUCCGGUGUUGUGUAUGUUCCUGGAAACAUGGCGGCCAGCUUCCGCGGCCGUCCUAUCCGGAGUCUUCGGAUGCGAGGUCGGAAUGACAGCGGCGAAGAAAACGUACCGCUGGAUCUCAGCAGAGAACCAUCAGAAAACUUCCGUGAAAUCCUGCAAAAUGUGGCCAAACCGCACGGAGUCAGUAACAUGCGAAAACUGGGUCACCUGAACAACUUCAUAAAGCUUCUAUGCAGCAUAAACCACCGUGAGGAAAACUUUGGGUACACAUAUGAAGAAAUCAUCGUUUGCUUGCGACUAGCUCUUCUAAAUGAAGCUAAGGAAGUGCGUGCAGCAGGGUUGCGGUCGCUCCGCUACCUCAUCAGAGACACGGCUGUGCUGCAGAAGGUUCUCAGACUACAGGUGGACUACUUGAUAGCAAGAUGCAUUGACAUCCAGCAGAGCAAUGAGGGGGAGAGGACUCAAGCGCUCAGACUUGUCCGAAAGAUUAUCACUGUCAAUGCCAUGCUGUUCCCCACCUCUGUUGCAAACUCUCUAAUUGCUGUGGGCACUGAUGGGCUCCAGGAGAGAGACCGCAUGGUCCGUGCCGCCAUAGCCAUCGUGUGUGAGCUGGCUCUGAAGAACCCGGAGGUGGUGGCCAAACGUGGCGGCCUCAGCACCAUCCUGAAGAGUGUCAUCGACUGUCAGCUGAGUCGCAUCAACGAAGCUCUGAUCACCACCGUCCUCCAUCUACUCAACCACCCACGCACUCGCCAGUACAUCCGUGUUGAUGUGGAACUGGAGCAAAUCCUCGCACCUUUCACAGACUUUCACUACCGCCACAACGCAGACACGGCUGAAGGGCAACUCAACAGGGAGGACAGAGAGUCCCGUUUCUUGUCAAGUAGAAUGGCCAUAGUGGCAGCCUUUCGCUCCUGGUCUGGGAUUAUCAACCUAUGCAAGGCUGGAAAUUCUGGGAUCCAAUCUUUGAUUGGCUUAUUGUGCAUACCAAAUAUGGAAGUUAGGAAAGGCUUGUUGGAGGUGUUAUACGAGAUAUUCAGGCUCCCUGUGCCAAUUGUAACUCAAGACUUCUUUGAAGCUCUUCUAAGUGUUGACCCUGCCAGGUUUCAGGACACCUGGCGACUCUCUGAUGGGUUUAUUGCUGCUGAGGCCAAAGUCGUCCUUCCACAUCGGGCCCGCUCAAGACCUGAUCUGAUGGACAACUACCUGGCGUUUGUUCUCUCAGCCUUCAUCAGCAGCGGGCUGUUAGAGGGUCUUGUUGAAGUUGUGACGAGCAGUGAUGAUCAGCUUGCUGUCAGGGCCACCAUCCUGCUGGGAGAACUUCUACAUAUGGCAAACACCAUCCUUCCUCAUUCCCACAGCCACCACCUGCACUGCCUCCCCACCCUCAUCAACAUGGCAGCCUCCUUCGACAUUGCUCAGGAGAAACGACUUCGGGCGAGUGCAGCUGUUAACAAUUUGAAGCGUUUCCAUGAGAAGAAGAAGAAAGGGUUGAAACCUCACAGUCUGUAUCUGGACCACAUCAUUCGCAAGUCUGUGUCCUCACACAGCCGCAGAGAGUCCCAUUCACGCUCCCACAGAGACAUCUACGUCAUUAAGGACACUGAGGAUGCACUGAUGAUGAACUUGAGAGACAGUCACAUCCUCAACCAUAAACAGAACCUGGAGUGGAACUGGUUGCUUAUUGCCACCAUCCUAAAGUGGCCAAAUGUAAACCUCAGGAACAACAAAGAUGAACAGAUGCACAAGUUUGUACGGAGGCUGCUGUACUUUUAUAAACCCAGCAGUAAGUUAUACGCUGGGCUGGCGUUGGAUCACCCAAAGUCCAGACAACUCACUGUGGUCGGCUGUCAGUUUGUGGAGUUCCUCAUGGAGUCGGAGGAGGAUGGUCAGGGUUACCUGGAGGACCUGGUGAAGGACAUGGUGUCCUGGCUGUCCUCGUCCUCAGGGCUGAAGCCUGAGCGCUGUCUGCAGAGUAACGGCCUGCUCACCACGCUAAGCCAACACUACUUCCUCUUCCUAGGGACGCUCUCUGCACACCCGCAGGGAGUCAAACUGCUGGAGAAAUGUGGCCUGUUUCAGUGCCUGCUGAAUCUGUGCUCUGUGAAGAACCAGGAUGCUGUGCUGAAGCUUGCUGUAUCCACACUGGACUACAGCAGAGAUGGUCUGGCCAGAGUGAUCCUCUCCAAGAUCCUCACUGCUGCUACUGAUGCGUGCAGGUUGUACGCCACUAAACACCUCCGUGUACUGCUGCGUGCUAGCGUGGAGUUCUUCAGCAGCUGGGGGAUGGAGCUGCUGGUUACACAGCUCCACGACCACAGCAAAGCUGUGUCCAUGGAGGCUCUGGACAUACUGGAUGAGGCCUGCGAGGACAAGGCAAACCUUCAUGCUCUGAUUCAGCUCAAACCUGCUUUGUCCCACCUGGGAGACAAGGGCCUCCUGCUGCUCCUCCGGUUCCUGUCCAUUCCUAAAGGUUUCUCCUACCUCAAUGAGAGAGGUUACGUCAGCAAGCAGCUGGAUAAAUGGCAGAAGGAAUACAACCUGAAGUAUGUAGAUCUGAUCGAGGAGCAGCUCAAUGAAGCACUUACAACAUACCGCAAACCUGUUGAUGGAGACAACUACGUCCGCCGAAGCAACCAAAGGUUACAAAGACCAAAUGUUUAUCUCCCUGUGCACUUGUACGGUCAGCUGGUCCACGAUAAGACAGGCUGUCACCUGUUGGAGGCUCAAAGCGUGGUUCCUGACCUCAGCUACACAGUUCGCUCCCCGAUGCUGGACACCUGGGAGGGCAUUAAACAGCUGAAGGGUGCUCUCUGGGCCCUGGGUAACAUCGGCUCUUCAAACUGGGGUCUAAAUCUCCUACAGGAGGAGAACGUCAUCCCUGACAUCCUGGCGUUGGCCCAGCACUGUGAGGUGCUCUCAGUACGAGGGACUUGCGUUUAUGUGCUCGGUGUGAUCUCCAAGACCAGGCAGGGCUGCGAGGUGCUGAAACAGUACGGCUGGGAUUCAGUCAGACACAGUCGCAGGACGCUGUGGCCUGUCACUCCAGAGGAGGUCGACGCACAGCUGACCUCUGAGCUCUCUUCGGUACCAAGCACGCUCAGUCUGAACUCUGAAUCCACCAGCUCGCGCCACAACAGCGAGAGCGAGUCUCAGCCGAACAUGUACAUCCUGGAUGAUGACAAGUGCGACAUUCUAGACCAGUCAGACGAGCCCUCUUUCUAUCUACACCCCAAACAAGUCAAGGACCACCGCAGCCCCUUUACAAUCCUCGCCUCCACCCGCUUUGUUCGUACUCGUUUCCUGAACUCCUUGUCCCUGCCGAGCAAGAAGCUGCGCUCCACCAGUGACCCCAAGACCCCGACAGGCUCUCGCACCCCAACUGAACUCAAGACGGGGAGUAUGAGGCGGAACAGGACAGUGACAGAGCCGUCUGUGUACAGCCCUAACCAGGACGUCUUCACCCCCGUGUUUAAUGGCAGAGGAAUGCCGAAGAGUCCUACAGUCAGCCUGGAGACUUCGUUCGUGGGAACCAGGGGGGGAUCAGAGGAGCAGCUUGUAGAUGGCAGGCUGGCCCGGGGGGGAGGUUCAGGCCUCGGACUCAGCGGUCUUGGUGUUCACGGAGUCGUCGAGCAUCCGAGCCGUGAGAGGGAGCAGAGCAGCCGAGAGCGUCUCGCCGGAGACGGUGGCUCCUCUUCCAGUGGAGGCAAUGUGGGAGGGGGCGGAGGAGGUGGGGGAGGUACUCAAUUUAAAAGUCGCAGUCAGAGCUUUAACACGGACACCACGACCAGCGGCAUCAGCUCCAUGAGCUCCAGCCCCUCCAGGGAGACCGUUGGAAACCCUGAGCACCCUGAACCUGAACCGGACUCCUCUGACUGCGUGAGCCUCAACACAGUCGUGUCUGCCAAGACUGUCAAAACCCUCUCCUCCCUCACCCCCCAGUCUCAGACCAACCACAUGUCCACGUCUAAGUCCUCCACCGUCUCUCUGGUACCACCCGGCUCCUCGCACACUCUGCCUCGUCGAGCCCAGUCCCUCAAGUCUCCUUCAGUCACCACCAUCAAGAGCCUGGCAGACUGCAGCUUCAUGUACACGAGUCCCCGAGAUGCUCUGGGCUACGCCACCUUGAAGAGGCUUCAACAGCAGAGGAUACACCCGUCUCUGUCUCACAGUGAAGCACUGGCGUCGCCUGCCAAAGAUGUGCUGUUCACCGACACCAUCACCAUGAAGACCGGGAGCCUGGACUCCAGAUUAACUCCUCGCAGGUUCCUGAAGGCUCUGAGCUUCGCCUCUCUGGAUAAAGAGGAGCUUCUCAGCCCCAUCAACCAAAGCACUCUGCACCGCUGCUCCUCAGUGCGCUCGAUGGUCUCCAGCGCCACCUAUGGGUGUAAUGAUGACUACAUUGGCCUGGCAUUGCCAAUGGAUAUCAAUGACAUGUUCCACAUUAGAGACUCUGCAUACUUUCAGCAGAGGAUCAGCCCUCCGUCAGAGGAGCGGAAACGCUUCCUCUUUGGUGACGGAGAUGGUGACCGCCCUGCUCUUCCAGUCCUAAAGCAGCAAUUCAGCAUCUCUGAGCUCAUAGCUUCCAGAGGAGACUGCCCUAACCACACGAUAGGUGCAGAGGAGACGGGCCUGCAGGAUCACACUGAGGAAAACUGCCUCUACUGUGUCGGAGCCAUCGUCCUCGGAUACCCCACACAGCCACAGGUCAACAGCACACACCCCCGCACUGACUAUGUUGACUUCCCGUCAUGGAGCGGGCAGAGCGGCCAUCGUCUGGAGGUGAUGCCUCAGUCUAAGUUCUCUGGUGUGUCGGGCUGCAGUGAUGCCGCUGUGUCACAAGGCUCAAUCUGUAGCACGCCAACACCUGGCGACGUUGUCCUAGGUGGCAAAGGGAUAUCAGAAGACGGCCCUGCCUCCAGAGUCUUGCUGAGGAAGGAGGUUCUCAGACUCAUCAUCAACCUCAGCUCCUCUGUAGGAACCAAAGGCCACGAAACAGGACUACUGACGAUAAAGGAGAAGUUCCCCUAUGCGUUUGAUGAUAUCUGCCUGUACUCUGAGGUUUCUCACCUCUUAUCUCACUGUGCGUUUCGACUGACCUCCAGACGUUUCAUACAGGAACUUUUCCAGGACGUGCAGUUCAUGCCAAUGUACGAAGAAGCCGAGGCAAUUUUGACCAAGAUACCAAAACCUGUUGAAGAGGAUGCCGACCCUCCUGCAGAAUCCUGAUCAACCGCUCCCCCUUGUUAUUUUGCUUCCUCCACACAGUCCCGGUCCUGCCACUCUACAAACAUGAACACAUAAAGACUGAUAAAAAAAAUAAGACAUGGCUGUGAGGAUAGAGAGACGUCUGGCAUGUUUCUGUUGCUAAAAACAGAGUGUAAGCCAAGGGAGAUGAGGAGAGGGAGAUCUUCCAGUUUCUUCCAGCAAACAUGAGCUGGAAACAAAGGACUGGACUAUGAACCCUGUAAACAAAACUAAACCUGGCACGCCUAAUGCUGUUUUAGACUCUCUUUUUAACAGUUUACAGUAAAAAAAAAAAUGGGGGAGCCAUUUAACCAAAUACUGUCAGAUGGGUUGAAUCUUGCGCAACACUCAAUAAUACAUCAAUGUAACGCUUAAAGAAAAGCUGGAUCAUUAAGACUAAGAAUCCCAGUGUUUAAAAAACAAAAAGAAACAAUUCUCCACGUUUUCUAUCUUUACAGAGGUGGUGUUUUUCUGUCAUGAAAUGAAUAAGGCAUGUUGUUGUGUCAACCCAGUGAUUCCUUAGACUCUGCAUUCUUUUUCUCUUUCUGAAACAAAAAACACUACAAAGAGGGUCCUGCUGUUUUUCAUGUUUCUGGAGCCUUCCUGGUUCAUAUCGCGCCCCCCGACCUGUGACCUGUUUUAACCAGAUUUGUGCUUCUGCUUCUCUUGCCUCGCCACUUCCUACAACCUGUAGCCUCUCGUCAGCACAGACAGCCAAUUCCUUUUCUAUUUCUUGUAUUUCAGACAAUCAGACAUCACUAGUAUUGUAUUUUCUAAAGCACUAUAUAUGCCAACCUUACACGAUACGAGAGGAGAAUAGCAUGGGAUUUAAUGCUAGUUUAUGCCAUCUUUAACUUGCUUAGGACCUUUUAUGUCUUUCUUCAGCCAUUUUAGUAAAGCUUCUCAGGAGGUGGAUGAUGAUUGGAGAGAUUUUAAAGUUAUCUGUAGAAAUAUUCAUCACAGAUUCAUCUUAAGAUAUUUGACGUCUCCAGUCCUGUGUAAGCCCAGCAGCUGCCCGGCUCUUUGCCUUCUUACCUCUGUGCUUCACUUCCCUGCAUGUGCAACAAGCAUGGCAAACUUGUAACGUCACCUUAAAGUGUUUCUUGCUUAUGAAACUUUUUUUUUUUUUUAAAGAAAAAAAAGGUUGCCAUAACAUGCUGCCAUUACAUUAUAGGAAUAUACUAACCCCUGAUUCUGUUUCCACAAUGCAAUAUCACUGUCUGUUAUUGGCCGAGAUGGAGGUAGAGGAGGGAGAGAGGGAGUGCGAUGACUAAAGGAUUUGUAAAAGGUUUCCAGGGAAAUGGGGGAUAUCUGUUUCCAUUGACUUGUUUUUUGCUAUAAUGCUGCUACACAAAUGGACUCAUAGAGAGAUGAUUCAUAGAUCAGCUGAGUGAUGUCAGAUCCGAUCUAUUUAUUAUAUGUCUGUACCAUAGAGUGAGCUCAACCAGAGAAGAAAAAAAAAGUUAUUUAUAUUUUUUCCUGGAGACUGUAUUAUAAUUUAAAAAGAUUUGUUUUCUUUUUUUUUUUUUUUGCCUGAAUCGUGGUUUCCCUUGUAAAAUGUGUACAGUAUGUUUUUGGGGGCAUUGAUGACCUAAAGAAACAUACAAUCCUAUCAAAGGGAUGCAUUGUUAAUAAAACAAAAAAUUUGAAAUACCCAAAA